UGAUGAUGAUGAUGUCAGCGUAUCUUAUCGAUAGUGACGGCUUCCGACGGGCUUCCGACGGGCUUCCAUGUCCCUCGCGAGUUCACCUACCGCAAUUUCGCCCCGGUUGGCGAUGAGGAGUGUCUUGAGUUUUUCCAUCAUGACCCCGAGCUCAAUAGGAUAGUCUCUGUACGGUCUUGUGUGCAGGUACGCGUAAAGGCACGGAGGCGUUAAGGGCGCAUGGUAAACCCCGCCUAAUGCUGAUUCCCCUAUCUUUCGUCGUGACCCCGCUGCACUCCUCCCGCAAUUGGUCCUCCAGUCCUCCUCGGCUCCAUGAAAUCGACGUCAUGAUAGCAGGGCGGAGUGGGGAUCAGGAUCUUCGUCAAUUGUUCAUCAUGGCGGGCUAAGGGAAUUCAUUGUGUAUUUUCUACCCACGACGCAAACUCACAAUGCCGGCAAUCAAGCACCCAGUCAAAAUCAACGUGGAUCUGGGCGAGGGUUAUGGAAACUUUAAAUGUGGUCCAGAUGAUGAGUUGAUACCGCUUAUCGACCAUGCAAACAUUGCUUGUGGCUUUCAUGCUGGUGACCCCUUGAUCAUGCACCAGACCGUCUUGGCGUGCAAGAAGCACAAUAUCGCUGUGGGUGCGCAUCCUGGCUUGCCAGACAUUCAAGGUUUCGGACGCCGCGAAAUUAAGAUGUCUCCCGAGGAGCUUACGGCCGCCAUACGAUACCAAGUCGGAGCCCUCAAAGCGUUCCUAGACGCUGAGGAUGUACCGCUUCAUCACGUGAAACCACACGGUGUAUUAUACGGGAUGAUGUACCGGGACAAGGAGGUGUGCCGCGCGGUGUAUGCUGGAGUACCCAAGGGCAUGACUGUGUUCGGGCUUGCUGGCACGCUACACGAAGAAGUUGCAAAAGAGAUGGGCUUGCCAUUUGUCGCGGAGCUAUAUGGCGACGUGAAAUACAACAAUGACAAUACGCUUGUCAUUGACAGGAAGAAGAAACCAUGGCAUCCUGAUGAGACGAAAAGACACGUACGAAGUCAAGUAGAGGAUGCAACUGUAAUUACAGUCACGGGCGAGGAGCUGCAGCUGCCAGUGGGCGACUACGAGGUCUCGCUAUGCUGUCAUUCGGACUCGCCUGGCGCACUGGACAUCGUAAAAGCAGCGCGCGAGAUCGUCGACCAAUUCAACACGAGCCACUUCCCAAAGAAGUGAGGAUUUCAGGUAUGCGCCGAGCCGAGCCGUUUCUAUAUCUAUGGUCUGCAUAUACAACACCCUCC